AUGAGCGGUGGAGUAACAAUUAAGCUCUUACAAAAGCCAAAAGGUGAAAGCGACCCUCCUACUACUUAUAAUGGAGAUCCCACCGGAACUAAGAAAAUUAGGGUCACAAGACAUGAAGAACUUUCUGGCUUCUACAAGUACACCCAUGCGGAUAACACUGAUCCAGGAUCACCAUUAGAACUUGAGAACAUCCAGGAUGAAAAUGGGAAUAUAGAUAUAAGUCUUCAAGGCGAUAAAAAGGUAACAUCGGUUGAAGCCUAUUACUGGAAACAUGAGAAUGGUGGUAGUUAUACACCUAGUAAGCUUCUCUUGAUAGGAAUUACUAUCUCUGGCCAUCCAACUAAGUAUUAUGCCAAGGAUAAUAGCGGUGGCACCGGUUGGAUUGAACAACUAAAUGGUGACUUAGAGAAUGUACUAGAUCAACAAAGUUGUUAUAGCAAUGACGCUGUGACCUUGGACCUUACCAAAGAUGCAUAUACAGGACAGCCAUGUUGUGAUGGUCAUAAAGACAGUAGCAGGAUCACUGUUCAGGAUGUACCAGUUAAUAAUAAUCAUGAUCAUGACCACAAACAUAUGGGCUCAAAGAAUCUUACAGUCAAAAAAUACUCCAUUAAACAUGGGCAACUUGCAGCUAUCAAACUUCCUGGUGAAAAAACCAGGAGGAGCAUAACAUUUUCAGGACAACCAUUUCCCAUGAAAGGUCCAGUUGAGAUCUCUGCAUUAUACUCUGGUAACAAUAAGGAACCAGUCUUGAUUUAUAUCAACGAUAAAAGUGAUACUAAAAAUUCUGGAUGGUACAAGAGUGGUGGUAAUGCUGAUACAUGGACGGAAGCUCCUGAACUCAGUGAUGUAACACCAGAAAAUAUUACAGAAUGCGCCAACUGGAAUUCUCUUGUAAAGGGACUCAAAGACAGUGAUAGUGGCCUGCAAGAAUGUCAAGAACAUCUUAAAAAACAAGAAUCACAAACAGGAGAACCUGGAUCUCAAAGAUCUUCUGGAUCUGAAGGAGUCCCUGGUAAUCCUGGUGCUCUUGGACCUAAAGGAGUUAAAGGCCCUGGAGAAGAUGAAUCUACUGAUCUUGGAUCUAGAAAAAAUCCUGGUGAAAAGGGUUAUAAAGGGGAAGCUAAAAAGGAUGAAGAAAAAUCUGGUACUGUUGGAGCUAGUGGUAGUGGUCAGAGAAGUGGAGAAUCUGGUGGAUUAUUUGAUUCAUUUGCCAUAGCUAAAUUAGUCCCUGGUGGAGUUGAUACUACUCAUUCUGGACGUCCUCCUCAACAACCUGAUGGCUCAUCUGACCAACUUACUACUCAAGCUGGUGAUCCUCAAUCUGAAGGUGGUGCUCCUACUGCUAAAGCUACUCUUACUAAAGUUGCUCCUUCUACUUCUGCUACCGAAGAAACUCCUCAAUCUCCUGAUACUACUCCUGAAGAUACUGCUUCUGCUUCUAAUCCUGUUACUGGAGCUGAACCUGCUCAAGCUGAAAAACUUAUUGCUGGUCCUACCGUUGCUGCUACUAGUCUAGCUAUGUCUUGGGGAUCAAUCUCUGGCAUAUCCUCUGGUACUCUUACCGGAACUGCUGCAACAUUUUUUGCAGGAUGGAAGCUUUAUAAUCGAUUUAAAGGAGACCCUUGGGUUAUACAAGUCUAUCUUAAGGAUGCUAAGGAGUACCAUAUUGAGUAUGCAUAG